UUGGCUCAUAUUUCUCAUGUCACUUUCUUGUCAAAUUGAGUCGGUCUUUGCUGCAUGUGUUUCAUUUUGUGAGAUAUUUUUUCGGUGAAAAAAAACGUGAUUAUUUCCGUGAAAAAGCAGUGAAAUAAUUUAAAACUUAUUCAAAAUGCAACCGCAAAUAGUGUUAUUGAAAGAAGGCACUGAUACUUCUCAAGGAAAACCUCAACUUAUUUCGAAUAUCAAUGCUUGCCAGGCUAUUGUGGAUGCGGUACGCACUACUCUUGGUCCAAGAGGGAUGGACAAAUUAAUUGUAGAUAAUAAUGGUAAGGCAACAAUUUCCAAUGACGGCGCCACCAUAAUGAAGUUACUUGACAUUGUGCACCCAGCUGCGAGAACCUUAGUAGAUAUCGCGAAAUCGCAAGAUGCCGAGGUUGGUGAUGGAACAACAAGCGUAGUGCUGUUGGCUGGCGAAUUCUUGAAGCAGCUAAAACCAUAUGUGGAAGAAGGAGUACAUCCAAGAAUUGUCAUCAAGGCUGUGCGAAAGGCGCUUGGUUUAUGUGUGGCAAGAAUCCACGAAGUAGCUUUUAAAAUCGAGAAAAGUGAUGACGAAAAGCAUCGCGCCUUAUUGGAAAAGUGCGCUGCUACUGCUAUGAACUCGAAAUUGAUUCAUCAACAGAAAGACUUUUUUUCUAAGAUGGUUGUUGAUGCUGUUACUACGUUGGAUUCGUUAUUACCACUCAAUAUGAUUGGUAUAAAGAAAGUCAAUGGCGGUGCUCUGGAGGAUUCCAUGCUUGUUGAUGGGGUAGCUUUCAAGAAAACGUUUUCUUAUGCUGGAUUUGAAAUGCAACCUAAAUCGUACGAUAAUGUAAAAAUUGCUCUUUUAAAUAUUGAAUUAGAGCUCAAAGCCGAACGUGAUAAUGCUGAAGUUCGCGUUGAUAACGUUAAGGAAUAUCAAAAAGUUGUUGAUGCUGAAUGGCAAAUUUUGUAUGACAAGCUCGAAAAAAUUCACAAAUCAGGAGCUCAGGUUGUCCUUUCUAAGCUUCCAAUAGGUGAUGUAGCGACACAGUACUUUGCAGAUCGUGAUAUGUUCUGCGCUGGGCGUGUUCAAGAGGAAGAUCUAAAACGUACGUUGAAAGCCUGUGGUGGAGCUGUAAUGACGACGGUACAGGAUAUAGGCGAUAACGUUCUGGGAAAGUGCGCUCAUUUCGAGGAACGGCAGGUUAGUGGGGAGCGGUUCAACAUUUUCCAAGGCUGCCCUAAUGCAAAGACGUGUACUCUGAUCUUACGUGGAGGAGCUGAGCAGUUUUUGGAAGAAACGGAACGCUCGUUGCACGACGCCAUUAUGAUUGUAAGACGCACGAUACGAAACGACUCAGUUGUUGCUGGCGGUGGUGCUAUCGAGAUGGAACUGUCCAAAAUGCUACGCGACUAUUCACGUACUGUUGCUGGCAAAGAACAGCUGCUAAUAGGAGCUAUUGCAAAAGCAUUGGAAGUGAUACCUCGUCAGUUAUGCGACAAUGCCGGUUUUGAUGCUACCAAUAUUCUCAACAAGCUUCGUCAGAAACACGCCCAAGGUUGCCAGUGGUAUGGUGUUGACAUCCUCAAGGAGCAUAUUGCCGAUAACUUUGAAGCGUUUGUUUGGGAACCUUCGGUGAUAAAAAUCAACGCACUGACAGCGGCGUGCGAAGCUACGUGCAUGAUUCUCUCCGUGGAUGAAACUAUCAAAAGUCCUAAGUCUGCCGGAGGUGACAUGCCACAGGCUCCGAUGGGUCGUGGAAUGGGUCGUCCAUUCUAGACAUUACCGAACAUUACGUAUCGCUGUUAAGAAUUUCAAAUCAACCUUAACUCGGCUUCACCAACAUAAUACAUAAUUUGCUUUAUGCAUAAAUUUUGUUCAAACACACUAACAUUAAACAGCUUAUAAUUUAAUUCUAUCGUCACAAACACAAUAAAUAAAAUUUCGAACUCACUUUUAGUUCACAAGUGCA